UUCGUUGAGUUGUCCUGUGCACGGGUAAAAAAGAGGCAAAUUUUCCGCGGAUUUAGAAUUUCGGUUUGGCACUGGCUGUCCAUAGAAUAGUAAUCUUAAUUUUUGCGAAGUGUAUUCUUCUAAUCCGGAUUUUGCGUACGUGCUGUGUGAUAAAGCAAAAGUAGCCACAUUUUCGCGAGAUCAUCGCAUGCAUAGAAGAAUCCCAUCUCAGAAGAAGGGCAACGGUUUGUGCUGCUGUGUGUGAGAGCUGGUAGAUGCGGCGCAGCAUAUUUUCUAGUGGAAAGAAGUCGGAAAAAAGUUGGUGAAAAUAAUCCUUUGUGUGUGGAGUUUUGUUCCAGAGGAUAACAUUGCAAAAAGCAUUUUUUUAGAAUCAUUAGAGGAAUACCUACCUAGUGUUGCAAACUGUACCGUGAAGGUUGGAUAACGAAGGAGAAUCGAAGGAUUUGGAGCAGGCAGCAGCGAAACCGGAGGACGAACGACACACGAAGAAAGAAGGAAGCCAAAUUUACCCGACAAAGUGUAACCAGUAAAGCAGCAAAAUGUCCUUGCAAGUGCAAUCGAGCCAACAGCCGACCUCCGGGCGACGUACUCCUCAGAUCUACCAGAAUCUUGGUACCACAGGCAGUGCGACGUCCCCCGCUCCUCCGACCAACGGGAACAGCGCUACCGCCAAAGCCUCCUCCAAAUUAUCGCUCAAGUCAUCCAGCGGUGGCAAACAGAGUCCGGUCGUGGAGGUUGCCGGCGUACAGGAACCUACGGCUCUGAAAGACGCUCCUAAAACGUCGAAUCUGGUUGUAGCCGUCACCAAGCUGGACAAGACUCCUAUCAGCACCGCCACCCCACCGAAUAAGGAAAAGGACGAGAAGGACAAGGGAGCCACCAAUGGCAGCAGCAAUGGUAGCAAUCACAGUGAGAAGGAAACCAACGGCAAUCAUGAGGAGCCGGCAGUGCUGGCCAAACCGGAAACUCCCAAGCAGGAAACGGUAGAAAAGGUUGAAAAGGAAAAGAAGGUCAAGGAAAGCCCCAGGGCAAGUCCUCGUUCCACUCCUCAGAAGCAACAGCAAUCGGACUCGAUUCCGGUCGAGCAAGUCAAGACCCCGGAAAGCCCUGGCAAGAAAACGACACCGGUGGUCACCCCAGAUCAGAAGACCAAACCUGACACCUCGUUGGCCGCCGAGAAGACUCUGAAAGGAUUCACCGCCGAAGGCGAUGAAAUGGAAUCGCUGAUCGUUGAACCAUCCGAGUACGAGGAUUCUCCUAUGCCUCCUCGAACCGGUGGUAAAACCAAACUGCUUAAAUACACCGGUGCACCACCGACGCGGGCUCGUAUCAGUCCAUACCGAGUGCACGAAGCCGCUACCAAUACCAGCACGAUCGUCAACCUCAGCACUGUCAGCGAGGGAGGACAGAGCAGCGCUACAGAUUCGAAGGAAACUUCCCCGUCGAUGGAUUUCAACCGUCCACUGCGUGCAAUUUCCGGUCGCCGUGGAACGCGACCCAUCUCGGACAUUCAGUACACGUAUCGCAAAUCCACCGAACCGAACGAUUCCACGUCCAGUUUGAACGUGACCGUUGGCUCGGAAAUCCACAACGAUAGUCUCCGCACUCCAGCUCCGGGAUCAUCGCGCAAGCGCAAGGUCAUGACUCCGGAAUCCACUUCCGAUGCCCUGGACGUGAAGGAAGUCAUAGACAGUCCGAAACGCACCCGAUUGGACUUCAGUGGCUUCUUCGGAAUGGUCUCCAGCCCGGUUACCAUGCUCAAAAAUCGUCUGUCUCGAGUUCGUCUCCAGUCGAGCACCCCGGUCGCCAAGCGAAACUUCGACGAUGAAGAUCCCAGCAAAUGUGUCCAGGCGGAAGCCACCACCACCACCGCAAACAUCUCCAGUGAAGGAGCUAAUAUGGAGGUGGACACAACCGAGGCAGCUGCUACGACACCGGAUGAGACCAAGAAGGCCGAGGAAGUGGAGAAGACGGAAGAAGGACAACAACAGCAAAGCACGGAAGGUCAAACCGAUCUGCCCAGCGAGGAAGGAGCAACGCAGGAGGAUGGUUCCGGCGACGGAAGCGAACCACCGGUCGAAGUGAAGGACGUUACGAACAAACAACGGCCGUUUUGUGUUGUCAUGUAAAUGUGGGAUCCCUCGUCUCCCUCCGCUCACACCAAUAUCCACACUCUUUUUCCGUGUGUCUCGAACAUCUUGCAUAUUGUACCUAAAAGGUGUUUUGUUUUACCACAAAUCCAAACACUCCGUUUUGCCACGUUCGUGUGGACGUCUUAAAUUUUUAAAUAAAUCGUGAGAACUUGACGUUCUUACUUAGUGCAAAAGUUCAAUAAAAAUUGAUUUUAGUUCAGUUUUCGUUUAGCCUUCAUUUUCUAAAAUCCUUUCUGGUUUUCCCUCUUUUGUUCCCGAACUCUAAAAAAUAUAUCUAAUUAUCGCGUUUAUUUUUUUUUUAUUAUUAUCACAAGAUAUGAGAUUUGUUAUAAGUAUUUAGAAGUAUCCUACAUGAAAACUUCCCUGAAGGAAGAUCGAACCCAAGAUUCAAUUGGAAAGUAUAACCAAUAAAAUCGUAUAAGAUAAGGAUGCAAUUUUAGAGGACAGCUAACCGAUGGCAGAAAAACAAAACUUAGUAAAACAACUGAAAAGAUGUAAAAUGUGUUGUAGGUAGUAGUUCUCCGGGACAUGAAUAAAGGAAACGUUUCUUAGUUAUAGUAAGAAAAAAAAAGGAAAACAAAUUAUGGCAAAACACACCUCAUGGAUAACCGAAUUGAAUUUUUAGCAGCAGCCACAACUUUAGAAAAUUAGUACCGUAGAUUCAAAAUAUGAUAAUCGCUUAAUAUAAAUUGAUGAAACAUUUUCUGACCGCAACAUUGACAAACAUCAACAGAACAGAAAAGAUAGAUAAAAUGAGCAAAAAAAAAAA